AUCCGAUGAUGUAAUUUUAUAAGCUGGGCCGGGCCGAGCCUAAGCCUAAGCCCCUUGGAAGCAAACAUUUUAAUGGGUCCCAACCUAGGGUUAGGACAGAGAGUCUUUAAGUCUCUUACCCACGUGGCUUAUAUUCAUUGGCUCAUUAACUGUUUGUCAUAAAUCAUUUUAAGAAAAACUCAGACACUCUCUCGCUUCGCUUCAGGAUUUUCGCCGCCGCCUCCUCCGGUAAGAUUCAGAUAUGGCCACCACCAUCACAUCCAAUGCGCCGCCUAAAUCCUUCUCCUUCACACCUCUGAAAACCUUAACCUCCAGAUCCUCAUCUCUCUGCUUUCCACCUCGCAAGAAUCACCAGCGUCUAUGCCUAUCCAUAAACGCCGCCGUAUCGCCACCUCCCUCAAACGCAACCCGAAACGCACCUUCACCGGAUUACAGAGUCGAGAUCCUCUCCGAAUCCUUACCCUUCAUCCAAAAAUUCCGAGGGAAGACCAUCGUCGUCAAGUACGGCGGCGCGGCCAUGACGUCUCCGGAGCUCAAAGCCUCCGUCGUCAGCGACCUCGUCCUCCUCGCGUGCGUCGGUCUCCGCCCCAUCCUCGUCCACGGCGGAGGUCCAGACAUCAACCAUUACCUGAAACAACUCAACAUCCCAGCUGAGUUCCGCGACGGUCUUCGCGUGACCGACGCAACGACGAUGGAGAUCGUCUCAAUGGUUCUUGUCGGAAAAGUCAACAAGAAUCUCGUAUCGUUGAUCAACGCGGCCGGAGCUACUGCAGUGGGGCUGUCGGGACACGACGGACGUCUUCUCACCGCACGACCUGUACCUAACUCAGCUCAGUUAGGUUUUGUCGGAGAAGUUGCGAGAGUUGACCCCAACGUGCUGCGUCCUCUCGUUGAUUACGGUUACAUUCCGGUGAUUGCGUCUGUUGCGGCGGAUGAUGCUGGUCAAGCUUACAACAUCAAUGCAGAUACGGUGGCGGGGGAGCUCGCGGCGGCGCUUGGAGCUGAGAAGCUGAUUCUGCUGACCGAUGUGGCAGGGAUCUUGGAGGAUAAAGAUGAUCCGGGAAGCUUGGUGAAGGAGAUUGAUAUAAAGGGAGUGAAGAAGAUGAUUGAAGAAGGGAAAGUUGCUGGUGGGAUGAUUCCGAAGGUUAAGUGUUGCAUAAGGUCUCUUGCUCAAGGAGUGAAGACGGCUAGUAUUAUUGAUGGGAGGAGACAGCAUUCUCUGCUUCAUGAGAUUAUGUCUGAUGAAGGAGCUGGAACUAUGAUUACUGGAUGAAGUUUGAUGUAAUAGAUGUUUGGGAAUGUCAAUGCUGUCUGGUUAGUUGAGUUAAUCUUUUUCUCUCUUUGGAGACAAUAAGGAUAGUUGAGUUAAUCUUGUUCUUUCUCUUUCUCUUUUGCUUAGCUUUGUUACUAUUUCUACAUUCUGUCAAACUAUCUUAUUUAGGCAAAGAGUUUUGGCAUAUGUUAGAUCCUUCAUGAUUUAGUUACUUCCUGAUUUUAAGUUGCUUUGGUUAGUUCCUGAUGGCCAUAGGAUACACAAACAAAACCUGCCUAAGCGGUCAGGUUUUCUAUCCUAUAGACAUCAUGAACAUGACUAAGCGGUCGGGUUGUGUCCAUCCUAUAGAUAUCAUGCAGGACAUGAACAUAACUGUCAAACCUGUAUGCUGCCGAUAAACAUUUUAAGGGUGUGGGCCUCCCAAAAUCAGUUUUCCCUGAGUCCAAAGUUCAACACUCCAAUCAUACUACCUUUUAUGCACUUGUUCGGGUGUUGGGCCGCAUAUUACGAUCCAUAAAAGGGUGUAUAUAUAAAAGUAAGGAAAGAUAAAAAAA